GAAGAAUGUCUUUUCUGCCACGGCAUCAAGGAACAGACAAGAACUGACAAGUCUGCUACAGUAAGACAUUCAGGAGAAUUGGUACCGCAUUCCUAUCUCUCGAAUGUGACGUUUUUGAUACAUCGAGUUUUGCUUUCGUUUUUUGGGCAGAUACACUUAAGAGAGUAGCAAAAAGUGAACAAAUUUCCAAAGAUGCCGACAAAACGAACGAAGUGCGAGCUGUAUCACUCGUCUAACGCAGCGGCGGCGAUCCGCCGUUCCGGUGGUCUGAAGGGGACAAAAAAUGACGCGAAUCCCAGCUGCGCGGAGAUUAAUAUGACCAAGGUGUGGGCGUGCGCCGAAAGUAAGACGGAGAUUUGCUGCAAGAAACGAAGCGGCGAGCGAUUUAAGAUUGAGGCCAGUGACCUGAAGAAAAUCAGCAACAUCUGGGAUCCGUACCGGCCGCGGAAUCAAGCUGCGUACCGCAACGCCAGUAAAACCAGCAACCACGUGUUUUACAACAUCUUUCUGGUUCCCAAGAAGAAAAAGCUUUCGCGCCGGCAGAAUGAAAACCUGGUCCGUGCCGACGGGAGCAACAACGAUCCUGUGCGCUUUUAUUGGAAUCGGGGAGAUAUGUACUUCCUGGAGUUUGACGAGGAUGAUGACGAUAGCAGUUCUUCCGACUCAUCUUCCCCUUCAACUAAACCAGAGGAACGGCGUCACGUCCACGUGGCAAUCUGCACCAGCUUCCUGGACAUUAAAUCUGCAGGCGACGGGGACGACGACGAUGAUGAUGACUCAUCUUCAACCAGCGAUAAUGACGAUGACACCGACUCGUCAUCCGACAGUACCGAUGUGAACAUGAACAGCAACCAAGGUGGCGACGAUUCUUCGUCGUCUUGUGACCAGAGCGACUCCGAUUCGUCGUCCAGCGGUGCUGCCGACGACGGCGCUGAUUCGUCGAGCAGCGACAGCAGCAGCAUGAGCGACUGCAUCAGUUUCGGAAAGUAUUUUCUUUACAACCCGCGGAAAUGCGGAAAAAAAUCAACCGGCAAUACGCCUGUACCCUUCCUGUUGGACGGAUCUGCACGUGCUGGAGGUUUCGACUUGGACACACUGAUGAAGCAGGAAGCUCCGGAUAGUCUUUUUUGUUGCGUUGGGACCGGGGCCGCCGGUCACACAGGCUCGAUUCUUGGGGGUGGUCUCUCUCCGAGUAAGAUCCUACCGCCACUUGAAGAACUUGCGGCGCUGCUGCCAGCGCAGGGAGUUGUGGAUAUGACCAAUGUCGACCUUGACGACUUUGAGCAGAUUCGGGCACUCGAUCCGCGACUCGACGCACUUUUGGGGUCCGUUGGCACUUCCGCCGGGGCGAUCAAGUUUGACGAUGCGGCGACGCAACUGCAGAAGAAGGCGCAGUUCGCGAAGGUCCUGCAACUCGUUUUCGCCCAUGCGGAUUCCGGUCAAGAAAUCACCCUGAGUGAUGUUCUCACCUGGCACCGAACGAUCAUGGGGAGAGAACACGGUUUCGCUGGAAGGCUGCGCGGUCCGGGGGUAGGUGUGCACUGCGGUAAAACUAGAUUUCCGCCCGGUGGCGCGCGAGUGGAGAAGGGAAUGGAUGUGCUUUUGCGGUCAAUUAACGAGCUUCUGGACGAUCUUACAAAUGAGCCAAUGCUCGAUCCCCGUGCUCAGCAAGACCGCGUCAUGCGAGUGUGUGCCUUCAGCGUUGUUCACUUGACGACAUUGCAUCCGUUUCGCGAUGGCAACGGCCGACUUAGCCGUCUCCUGGUCCUGCACUUAUUGCGCCGCACCGGGUUGGCUGCCGCCCUGCCGGCCUUGGUUGAAGUGGGGGAGAAGCGGGGUAGAUUCGUCGCAGCGCUUGAAACGAGCAGAUGCGAAAACGGCAAUGUCGUGGAGCUCUCGGAAUUCAUCGAGGAGUGUUGCUACUCGUCGCUACUUUCGACCUUGCGAUACCGAUACACGCAGCGGGACAACGAGGCGCCAGCGGUUUGUGUGUAGGGAAUGCGAAGAUAAAAAGCGGACGCGCGAGCUUCGUGUUUGAUAAAUAGGAGGAUCCUCGGUUUCUGGCCUUUAUUUCAUUUUCGAUUCCACCAGAUUCUGACUAACUGAUCACUUGCGGCACAUCGAUCUGCAAGACCGAUUUUAUGGACAUCUAAAAAAGACGAGCGACAGGGUUUUUUCGUAAAAAGCACUGAAUAACUCCAAUAGAACGCAUCAGCUCUAC